AUGGAAGUAGAUCAAAAGUGCAUAUCAGCUGCUGACAUCGAUAAUCGAUUAACGCAAUACUAUAAUGCAGACGAGAGGAAAAGGAAUGUUGUUGAUUUUAAUCAACUAUAUGGGAGUGUGUUCGUUAACCGAAAUGUUAGCUUAGAGAAAAUUCGCUACUUUGGUUUUGAUAUGGAUUAUACAUUAGCCGUUUAUAAAUCCCCUAUCUACGAGGAGUUAGGGUAUAAUAUUUUAACCAAGCGACUAGUAUCAAUUGGUUAUCCAAAGGAAUUGAUAACCAAUUACAAAUACGACCCAACAUUUCCAGUCAGAGGAUUAUUCUUCGACACCCUAUACGGUAAUCUUCUUAAAGUUGAUGCCCAUGGUAAUAUUAUGACUUGUAUACAUGGUUUCCAUGUUUAUUCCAGUCAUAAAAUUCGAGAAUUUUACCCAAAUAAAUACGUCCUUCCAGGAGAAAAGCGCUUCUUCAUUUUAAAUACUCUAUUUAACUUACCAGAGAUUUAUGUUUUAGCUGCCAUUAUUGACCUUUUCCACAAAAUACCAGAGUAUCAAAAGAAACCCACUGGAGUUGAGAGUAAAUAUCUUAGAUUAUCUUACAAAAGUAUUCAUCAAGAUGUGCGCGAAUCCGUUGACUGGAUGCAUAACAAAGGAAUCCUGAAACAAAUUACUGCGGAAAAUCCUGAGAAAUAUGUAGAAAUGCAGCCACAUCUACCUGUUUUACUAAAUCGCAUGCGUGAAUGCGGUAGAAAAACGUUUUUAAUUACAAACAGUGAAUAUUGGUACACAGAAUCUAUCAUGAACUUUCUAUUUGAUACCGCUAAUGCUGAUAAGCCAUGGAAAAACUACUUCGAUUACAUCGUUGUCGAUGCCAAGAAACCAAUUUUCUUCGAGGAAGGAACUGCAAUGAGAUGUGUCAAUGAGACAACGGGAGCUCUUCAGGUCGGGUCAGUUACAUCCGCAGCUUUUGAAAAAAGGCAUACUUAUGCCGGAGGUUCCUCGGAAGUUUUCAUGAAAAUGGUUGGAGCGAAGGGCAAAGAUAUUUUAUACCUUGGUGAUCAUAUUUUUGGGGACAUACUGAAAUCUAAACGAAGCUGUGGAUGGCGGACCUUCUUAGUUGUGCCUGAAAUCGAUCGCGAAAUGUUAGUUUGGUCCCAAAAAAAUGAUAUUUACUUGAAAAUGAAGGGACUGGAACGUGUACUGGAAGAUGUUUAUAGUGACUAUGAUUCAGCAAAGAACCCCCCUGACAUUACCUGUUUACGAAAAUAUUUGGCUAAUACUGUUGAAACUAUGGACAGAGCUUAUGGAAAACUCGGUAGUUUAUUUCGAAGUGGUGCUAGACAGACGUUUUACGCAUCACAAGCGAUGCGGUUCGCGGAUUUAUAUGCUUCAUCCUUCAUUAAUAUUAUCAACUAUUCACUGCAUUUCCUAUUUAGAGCUCCUCACCAGCUGAUGCCUCAUGAAUCUGCUGUGCUAGAUCCAACGGUGGCUGGAUUCAGUGAAUCAAGUCAAGCUACAGGACAUAAAUUCGUGUCUGCUCCUUCGACAGGGCGUGACUUUUUCUGCAGGGAAUCAAAUUCAUUCAGCGUUCCUUUAUCUGAUUCUAAAGGCGUAGUUGAAUGCGAAGAUGAAGAUGAUAGCACCAGCGAAAAUAACAGUGAUUCUGAAAAUCCUUCCCUUGAGAACUUGAAUGAAUCUACUGCUGCAGAUAACGGAAAGGACGAAGCUUCAGGCUCCAAUAUUUAUUAUUAAGAAUAAUCUUGUGAUGCUGAUAGCUUUGCGUAUCAUCUGUCCUCUAAUAAAAGAAAUAUUU